AUGUCGAAGAACGAGCUCGGCAUCACCUCUGCCCCCGCCCGAACCAGCGCCCGAGCUCCCUUACGGGAUGCCCAGGGCCAAGUCCCUCAUCGAGGACGCAGCUCCGCGCCAACGCCCCCCGCAAAGGAGAACAUCGCCGACGACCUCGUCGACACCACAGUCCAGUUCCUUGCAAAGAGGGCCAAGACCAAGUAUGGCAAGAGACAGUGGUGUUGGUUCUGGUUUUCUGCUGUUUAUCUGUUGCUUCUGUUUGCUUUUGUCCUGUGUUAA